UCCCGAGACCAUCCCGCGUGGGAACCUCCAGGUGACACCAACUUGAAUGCUGUAGUCGUCCUUCCCCGCCGACAGUCUGGAGUAGCAGAAUGAAUACACUAUGUACGUCCCAGGGGGCGGGGCAGAAGUCAACAUGGCGGGGAUGCACGCUUUGGGGAUGCACAUGGUUGCUGCUGCUGCUGGUGAUGGUGGGGAUGGGAACGCCAGUUUCAGAAAGCCUCGUAGCCAAUGAAACUGACGACAGUGCCUCCUCUAUAGUUCAAGUGUUGAAUCACGUAAUUCAUGACAUCAGUGAUGCCGUUGUACAAAACCAGCAGGUUUCAAAUACCGUGACAGCCAUUAUGAAUAAACUUAAAUCCACAUUUGAUGACGCCCACUUGUCAACGCAACGAGUCAACUGGUUCCUGCAGUGCAUCUCCAAUUGUCUCAGUGGCAACCUCGAUGACCAACCGACCAUUUUAGGCGCCAAAGGCAACAUCACUGUAGAGGCUCUGUUCACGUGCAAUAGGUUCUGUAUCACCGCUGGACCUAACUUUAAUAACACAAACCACACCCAUGUCGGUAUCGCCGUCGGGCGGUGAUGACAUAACGGACUACCUGGAGUGAAGGCAGCUACUGUACGCACAACCAUAUGUAAAAUGUAAAUACAUCAGUUGUUUGAAACUAA